ACCAAUCAGAUGCAUUUGAUGGUCUGACCUAUCACGACCAUCUUACCUCCUUCACUCACAAAAUAACCAAGAAGUCUCCUAAAAAGAGACACUGUCAAGAUGAUCCUGUUAUGGGUUACACUGCUUGUUCUUUAUCAAGUAUAUGCACUGGUUCCUGUGACCACAGUUCAACUUGGUGAACCUGCAACCUUCACGUGUGUUUUGCCUAAAGAAGAGUUGCGCAGUGAACAACUCUACUGGUACAAGCAGCGUGCCGGGGAGACUCUGAAAUUAAUUGUGACAAUGCAGAAACAUGUAAACCCUGUGUAUGGACCAGCGUUUUCUGUCUCAAGAUUGAAUGUAAACGUUUCUAAGAAUAUCAGCAACCUCACCAUUCUGAGGACAAUUCAAGAAGAUGAGGGAAUGUAUCACUGUGCAGUCCUGGAGUGGAUUAACAUUACUUGGACGGGGACCUAUUUGUCUUUAAAAGGAAACACUCAGAAGACAUCAAACUAUACUGUUGUUCAGGGGCCGACUGUAUCUGAUCCAGACCGUCCAGGAGACUCAACUCUCCAGUGUUCAGUCCUCUCUGACUCUGACAACAAGACGUGUCCAGGAGAUCACAGUGUGUACUGGUUCAGAGCCGGAUCAGAUAAAUCUCAUCCACACAUCAUCUACACUGAUGGAAAUAGACAUGAUGAAUGUGACAAGAGAUCUGACUCUCAGAAAAGCUGUGUUUAUCGCUUCUCUAAGACCGUCAGCUCCUCUGAUGCUGGAACGUACUACUGUGCUGUGGCCACAUGUGGGGAGAUAUUAUUUGGAGAUGGAACUAAACUACAAAUCGAGCAAACAGCAAGUUAUGAAUUUAUUGCGCUGGUGAUAGCAAUAGUCUGCUUGGUCAUUUCUAUGAUUGGAAAUAUUGUUUUCAUCUGUCACCGAACUCCAAGAGGCAUAUGUGAACAAUUUAAAGGAAUAGAAAGUGCGGCUUCGCAAGCAAGACAUGGCAACUCGAGCCAACCAGUACAUGAUGCUACUGAAGGUGGAGAUGAUCUGAACUAUGCGGCGUUGCAUUUAUCUGGAAAGAAAGCUACAACAGGAAGGAAGAUGAAAGAGUUGAAGACUGAAGAAAGUGUGUACACUCAAGUUAAAUGCCGAAUGUGAAAUGUGGUUCAUAGUACUGACCUCUGACAGUGUAAAUAAAUAAUUAAAUCAUG